GAUUGAUCAGACUGUAAAAGAUUUAUGGAACAUGACAGCAAGGAUCAAGUUCAAGCAUGCACUUAGUGAGUUGAAAGCUAAGUGUGCAAAGAGAAACUUUCAAGCUAAGCCUGUUCAUUUAUGGACUGAGGACGAGGGUCAUUUGAGAAGGUCAAGUUCUGCAAGGGCUAAUCGAGCAAAAGGACCGAGGGUGACGCAUACCAGCGGUUCAAUGGACGUUAAUGUUUAUAAAAAGAAAAUGCAACAAGCAAACCCCGAGGGUCGUCCACUAACAUAUCCUGAGGUCUACACCAGUAGAAGGCAGCACAAAGGAAAAGGAAAAGAUCAACUGCCUGUAUAUUGUAAUGAUGAGGCUCAAGAAAUUGAAGAAAAAUUGACAGCUGAAUAUGCUACUAAACAAGAGGAAGAAGGAUUUGACCCUCAUGCUAAGAUAUUACUUAGGGCAACUGGUGGGGUCAAGAAAGGAUGGUUGAAAGGUUUGGAUAUUCACACACAUCCACAGGAUAUAAAUGUGAGCACAUCUAGAUGAGAACCAUUCAGGCCAGCCAUUAUAGGAUAGUCUAAUAGGGUUAUCGAAUUACAACAGAUUGUUGAAGCAUUGAAGGUAGAUAAUCAUAGCCUUUGACAACAAAUGUCUGAUGUUUUG